GUUUGACGUUUAAUAACUAACCUAAAAAGUUUCUGUGUUUUCACAACUCAUCGCUCUGUAAAAUUUCUUUAUUAUCACGGAAUACAGCUAUAAACCAGCCUGAUUUUGCGAACAUACUCUAUAGAAAUAGUAACGAAACAUGUCUACUUCGGAAAAAAUAGAAGAUACACCAAUUAAAGACAAGACUAAGGAGAAGGAAGAGGAAAAAACUGAGCUGAGUGACGAGGACAAACAGCUGCAAGAUGAGCUAAACAUGUUAGUAGAACGGCUACAGGAGCCUUCGGUGGAUCUGCACUUGCCAGCCCUGGAAACGAUGGCAAAGUUGAUCAAGGCUUCGACCACUUCGAUGACGUCGGUUCCAAAGCCUUUGAAGUUUAUGAGAUCUCAUUUCGAAACGAUGAAAGAAAUUCACAAAAAGAUGACAGCCUCCGUGAAGGAAAAAUCGACUGCUAAACUUUGUGCGGAAAUCAUUUCCGUACUGGCAAUGACCAUGGGAACGGGAAAGGAGUGUUUGGUCUACCGGCUGCUGUGUGAUGACACUAAUGAAAGCAUAGGCGAUUGGGGUCACGAAUAUGUGCGCCAUUUGAGUGGCGAGAUCGCCUCCAACUGGCCGGAAACAACAGAUGAUUUCAAGAAACGGCUAAUCCAUCUGAUCCAUCAGAUUAUCCCGUAUAACAUGGCCCAUAAUGCCGAGGCUGAGGCUUGCGAUUUACUGAUGGAAAUCGAGAGACUUGAUCUUUUGGAAGCUUAUGUUGAUGAAAGUGCUUAUCCGAGGGUGUGUCUGUACCUACAGAGCUGUGUUCCGUACGUUCCGGAACCGGAGAAUAUUAGCCUGCUCAAGUGUGCUUUGAGCUUGUCCAGGAAGUUUAAAAUGUAUACCCAGGCUAUGCGCUUGGCGAUGAUGAUCAACGAUAUACAGCUGAUUCAGGAUAUUUUUACCACAUGCGGAGAUUUGGCAAUUCAGAAGCAGCUGGCAUUUAUGCUUGGUCGGCAGCAGAUUUUCCUGGAAUUGCCGGAGGGCUCCAACGAUUAUGACGAUCUGGUGGAAAUUAUGUCCAAUUCCCAUUUGAACAAUCACUUCCUGAACCUUGCCCGCGAGUUGGACAUUAUGGAACCGAAGACUCCGGAGGAUGUUUAUAAGUCACAUUUGGACAACUCGCGUACUCCGUUCGGAUCAUCGCAGAUCGACUCGGCCCGACAAAAUUUGGCCGCCAGUUUUGUGAAUGGGUUUGUCAAUGCUGGAUUCGGUCAGGAUAAACUUUUGAUGGAAGACGGAAAUAAGUGGCUUUACAAGAACAAAGAACACGGAAUGCUCAGUGCGACUGCCUCUUUGGGACUGAUCUUGCUGUGGGAUGUCGACGGCGGUCUAACGCCAAUUGAUAAGUAUCUGUAUUCGAAUGAGGAUUACAUCAAAUCCGGUGCUCUGCUGGCUUGUGGCAUUGUUAAUUGUGGUGUUCGUAACGAAGUCGAUCCGGCACUGGCCCUUCUUUCGGAUUAUGUUCUACAUCAGAACAGCACGAUGCGGAUUGGAGCUAUUCUUGGGCUUGGGUUGGCAUAUGCCGGAUCGAAUCGACCGGUCGUACUGGAAUUAAUUGGAUCGGUUUUCAGUACAGAACGUCGCACCGGUUCCACCAUGGAAGUAAUGGGCAUUGCUGCGUUGGCCCUGGGAAUGAUUGCCGUGGGAUCGUGUAACAGUGAAGUGUCGGAAAUUCUACUGCAGACCAUCAUGGACCGUUCGGAGCUGGAACUGAAAGACACCUACGCUCGCUUCCUACCGGUAGGACUUGGUUUUGUAUAUCUCGGACGUCAGGAAGCGGCUGAAGCUGUAAUUGCCGCUCUUGAAAUCAUCCAGGAACCUUUCCGUUCCAUGGCCAAAACGAUGGUUGAGAUUUGUGCUUAUGCCGGAACAGGCAAUGUGUUGAAAAUUCAACAAUUACUCCAUUUGUGUUCCGAACAUUAUGAACCGGCUUCAACGGAAACCGAAAGUUCAUCGUCGAAAAAAGAUGCAGCAGCUGCUGCCGCCGCUGCUCAGAAAGAGAAAGAAGAUAAAGAGAAGGAUUUGUCUGCCUGUCAGUCGGUGGCCGUUUUGGGAAUCGCUUUGAUAGCUAUGGGCGAAGAAAUUGGUUCGGAAAUGGCUUUCCGGUCGUUUGGCAAUUUACUUCGCUAUUGCGAACCCUGUAUCCGUCGGGCCGUUCCGCUUGCUUUGGGUUUAAUUUCAGUGUCUAAUCCGAAGCUGAAUAUUUUGGAUACAUUGAGCAAAUUCUCUCACGACAGUGACGCGGAAGUAGCUCACAACGCUAUCUUCGCUAUGGGUCUGGUCGGUGCUGGCACAAAUAACGCACGAUUAGCCGCCAUGCUUCGUCAACUAGCCCAGUAUCACGCUAAGGAUCCGAACAAUCUUUUCAUGGUACGAAUUGCACAAGGACUGACCCAUCUAGGCAAAGGAACACUUACCCUUAGUCCGUAUCAUAGUGAUCGACAGCUCAUGAGUCCGGUAGCUGUGGCUGGAUUGAUGGCCACACUCGUGUCUUUUAUGGACGUCAAGAACAUAAUUUUGGGCAAAUCGCACUAUCUUCUGUACACUUUGGCCACCGCAAUGCAGCCCCGCAUGUUGAUCACCUUUACCGAGGACCUUAGCCCCUGUCCAGUUCCGGUUCGCGUAGGAAUGGCUGUCGAUGUAGUUGGACAGGCCGGUAAACCGAAAACAAUCACCGGCUUCCAGACUCAUACCACACCCGUUCUACUGGCCAUGGGCGAACGAGCCGAACUUGCAACCGAGGAAUACAUCUCACUGACGCCCAUCAUGGAAGGAUUCUGCAUUUUGCGAAAAAAUCCAAACUAUGUUCCUUAAAGCGAACGCAAGCUCAGUCGAGGAAGUGGACAAUCUGCAAGACUUAUAAUUCAAUCUGCUACGAUCAACAAGUAGAACACAAAAUGAAUACAAUUUGAAACUGAUUCAUAUUAAUUAAUGUAUUUAGCUUCAAGUAUUUCAAUAAAUCACAGUUUAAGACUU